AUGCGCAAGAUUCUCAAGGCCUUUGGUCGCAACGACAACGAGCUCAUGGAGCCGCUCUUUGACACAGCACUGCACGUGAGCUCGACCAGUGGCGGGCGUCCGCGAGAUGAGCCAGCACGGGUACGCUUCGUGUGUCCUCGGUCAUGUGCUGCAAGUAUUGCAAGGUACCCUGCGGUGGUGCUGGAGAAGCUCAAGCGCGAUACGUCCGACAGCAUCCGCGUUCGCGCGCUGAAGCUCCUCAAGGCCUUUGUGAACGACGGCAUUCCCAGCACGGUCUUGUCCAUCGUCGAGCUCGGCGGCGUCGACAUCGCCGCCAAGUUUAUCUCCUCGAAGCACAAAGAGGUGCGCACGGAGGCGCUUCAAACCACGGGCGCGAUGCUCUACUUGGAGCAAGGACGCGAGAGCGCGAUGCUCACCGGCGUCGCCAAGAAGCUCUGCGGCGUCCUCCAAGACCGAGACUCGACCGUGAGCGUUGCCGCUGCGGGUGCGCUCAUGGUCCUCGCAGUCCACGACAGCGCCAAGCGCGAGAUUUACGAGCUCGGGGCCCACACGGGCUUCCUCGCGCUCCUGCACCGCCCCGAGUACGGUGUCCAGCUCAAUACACUCAAGCUCGUGACGGUUCUUGCCGCACACCCGCUCGCGCGCGACGCAAUGCGCACCAAGCAAAUGGAAAAGACGAUGCGCGAUAUGACCGAAGACGCGAACGAGCUUCUCGCACGCUCGGCCAAGCUCGCGCUGCGUGCCGUGCUCUGGACGCCAUAA